UGAUGUUCGACAGCACUUUGAAGUGCUUUCUUACACACAACUACAUGCAUCGUAUUUUUUUCAAUUUUCGUCCUACCCUGCCUCUCUCCAUUUUCUUUUUCCCUCAGGUCUUUUUGGCUUCGCGACUGAAGUGCAGAUCUUGAACCACCUAUAAUUUUUUUCUACCCAUCAGCUAUUUCGACGUCCCAUUUCGUUGCAUGGCAUAACAACAUCAAAUUUAUCAUUCUUGUCAAAAAUAUAAAUAACCACCUUCUUUAUAAUUAUUCCGCCCACAUUUUUUCAUUCUCAGUAGUACGAAGUCGCUAGUUUUUUUUUGGCGCUUGUUCUAUCUUGUGAUAGCACAUCCAAUAUCAUUUUGUGAGCUUUAUUAUUCUAUAUUCUUUUUUUGGGGCUGUGUGCAGCUUUUUCUUGUCAAAUUGUUUUACACCUUCCUGAUUUUUCCUCUUUCUGCCUUCAUGUAACUUCCUCUUGCCGUUGCUUUUGAAUUUGAAUUUGCAUACUGUACUACUUCACCACAUUAUACUAUCGCAAUCAGAAACAACACCAAACUAUGGCGACCAGCAUGAUGAGGAAUUCAUUAUUUGCAAGCAGAGGCACCAGCGCAGCCGCAGCGUCGUCACUUCUCGGUGGCCCGGCCAUGAUUUUUUUCUUCUCUACCAUUCUCUUCCUCGCACAUCAACCGGUGACGGCUUUUAUCAACUGCAAAAGUAUCUUACUAGUAGCAAUUGCAAUACAAAUUUUUAGCUCAGCAUGACAACUGGAAUUUGUCAUGCUGUUUUACAAUUGGCAUGGAAAUUUGUAAUGCAUGAUUGUGAUUACUACGAGUACGAAAUACUUUUGCACAGGAUAGUUUUGUCCCGCUGGCAAGUGUCCUACCAAGAUGUGGGCUCUGAGGACUACGUGCUCACGAUGUCGUGGUACCACGAUUAUCAACUGCAAAAAUGUCUGGGUCUGGAAGAUUCUAAACUUGUCAUGCUAAAUCUGAAGCAUGCAAAAAUCUGUGUUGCAUGAUUGCCAAAAGUCGUCCAGUUUUCACCAAGUCGGGAGGGAGUUUCUCAUGCAGGAUAGGCAUGAGAGAGAUCGCACAGAAUCUGUCAUGCUAGGUCCUGCAUUCCAGACCUCAUGGGUCAUGGAAAAGCAGCAUGACAAAUUGCGCAUUCUUCCAGACCCAGACAUUUUUACAUUUGAUAACGAUCCCCAGCUCGCGAUUGUCGGGCGUGACCUAGCGAAAAAUCCCGGCCUAUGCUGUGCAACAGCGUCCCCAUCCCAGCGUUGGGAAAUCUGCAAGACAAAUCAACAAACCUUGGCUGUUUCGCAUGACAAGUUUUGGCUCGCAAUGUCGCCGCGUUUAGCUAGUGCAGCAGCAUCGCAAAUCUAGGUCUAGCCUCUUAUGCUGUUCCGAGCAUCACAAAUUUGAAUUUCAAAACAGCACUAGAAAAUGCGUCCCAUGGGGCUCCGCAUGAGAGGCACUUGUAGCAUGCAGAUUUGCAUGACAACUCUGGGGCGGGGACGUUUUUACACAGGAUACGGUCAGCAGGACGGAUCGACCUCGAAGACCAAAGCUGCUCUAGGGGUGUGCGACCCUCAGUCCACCGCAAAAGCGGCCUAUCAAAUGUAAAAAUGUCUGGGUCUGGAAACUUGUGAUGCUGGGUGGCGUCUCAUGGUGAGGCUACAAAUGCUGGCUCAGCAUGACAAGUUUCUGAGCUCCUAGGUGUUGCCUAUUCUGCAUGACAAACUGCGCUUCUGCAUCUUCUUCUUCCACUGCGUGUCUCCACCUAGGGGUAUCGGCAGAGGCUAAAUCUGUUCUAACGCCCAGGUAUUGGCAGAGGCUAAAUCUGUUCUAACGCCGACCCGCCAGGAGUUAAAUGGUACUACUACUACUACUACUACUACUACAACUGCAUCUUCUUCUUCACAGAAAAACCAAGCUCUUGGGUAACUUGCAUGACAGAUUUAAGAGUCAUGCCAGACAAGCAUGACAAACAUGAAUUCUUCCAGACCCAGACAUUUUUACAUUUGAUACGGCCGACGGGAAGCUGUAUUGGGCGCCCAGGAUUUUUCCGCAGCCGGUUUCGGCUAUGGAUGUGUCAGGAUUGCAAUCGACAAAGUUGAAAUAACUUGCAAUGCAUAAAAUCGAUACCAAUUGGACCCACAGUUUCUAGUCGGUGCAUGACAAAUUUUAUCCGUAGUACCGGAGGCCAGUUUGUGAUGCUGUUUCGGGCAAAGGGGCUCCCCUCUGUCAUGCUAAUCAGCAGCCCAAUUGUUCUCGACCCUUACCAGCACUACAAAAAUCUGCUUCUCUUGCGUCCCCUGCAAUAGAGGCAAUUUCUGCGUUGCAUUUCAUGCAUGGCAAACUAUUUCAUCCUGACACAACCAUAUCGGCUGAGGUGACGAGAAAAACCGGGAUUCACUUUGCUUCCGUCGACUGGCAACCCUGCGGACACAAGGACGUAUCCUGAGUAAAAACGUACCCACACCAGAGUUAGGAUGAGGGUUUUGCAACACAAACCUACGAGUUUUGUGCGUCACGCAUGACAAGUUCAACUCUGCAGUGUAGUGCAGGUUAGCAAGUGCAGCCGCAUCACAAAUCCAGCUGCUCCUCCUGUUCACAGCAUCACAAAUUCCAAAACACGAUUGGAAAUGGCUCUCAUGGGGAUGCGCAUUAUAAGUCUUCCUGUCUUUGCAAAUCUGCAUUACAACUCUGGUGUGGGUACGUUUUUACUCAGGAUAGGACGUCGUGAUUUGUCAUGGCGAGUCCCACUACGACUUUCACCUCUAUUACGUCUCGCAGGCGGAGUUGAAUGGGUAUACGUGCAGCAAUCCAAACCCGGUGUGCCCAGAUUUGGAUGACACCAACCAGAGAAACCACAAGUUUUACAAGCUCAUGAAGGGCAACAUUCCCUCCUUCGCGGACAAAGCCACCGGAGACACGCAACAGUUCAACUUCUGCGUGGACCCGACGAGCGCGAUGCCGAACUCGGGCAUCCUAUCAAAUGCAAAUAUCCCUGGAUGUCUGGAAGGAUGCCAACUUGUGAUGCUGCCUUUGGAUAAUUCUACACGAAAUCUGUAUUGCGUGAAAAGCAGUAAAAGAGGUCCACUCUUUGCUACGCGGAGAGGUGGGCAUUUCUCAUGCGGUAUGGGCAUCGGAAAGCCCUCGCAGAAUCAUCACAGACGUCGUGGGUCAUGCAAAAGCUGCAUGACAAUAAACUUCUGCACGACUCUUCCAGACAUCCAAGGAUAUUUGCAUUUGAUACAUCCACUACGGGGACAAAUCGGAAACGCUUUCCGAGUAUCCUGUGCAAAAGUAUCUGAUACUCGUAUUGCAAUCAUGCAUUACAAAUUUUUUUCUUGAGGUAAAUCAGCAUUACAAAUUUUCUUUCUCAUGCUGAGGAAAUUUGUAAUGCAUUUAUACGAGUACGAUACUUUUGCCAUUCAUACCGAGUGGAGAAACCCGGUGACGGUGCUGGGGUCCUACGACUGCAAGUUGACCUAUCAAAUGCAAAAAUGUCUGGGUCUGGAAGGUUGGAACUUGUCAUGCUAAAUCUAAAUCAUGCUAAAAACUGUGCUGCGUGAUUGCUAAAAGUUGUCCACUUUUGACCUAAUCGGGAGGGAGUUUCUCAUGCAGGAUAGGCAUGAGAGAGAUCGCACAGAAUCUGUCAUGCUAUGUCCUACAUACCAGACCUCAUGGGCCAUAGAAAACCUGCAUGACAAGACUGGCAAUCUUCCAGACCCAGACAUGUUUGCGUUGCAUAUGACCUUUUUCGAGCCCAUGUUCUCCUGGAAGUGGGUACAGGGGAAGACGGGCAGCGGGGAGCUAUGCAUUGCAAAAAUGUCUGGGUCUGGAAAAGUUGAACUUGUGUUGCAUGUCUUGCAUUCCUGAAAAAUCUGUGUAGUUGCACAGCCAGCAAGAAAGGCGCUACUUUUUCGUCCUGCAAAAACGCAGUUUGUCAUGCGUGCUACGCAUCAGACGGCGUCAAUCAUGCUUGGCUGCACUUGAGAGCGCCAGUCUCAUCCAAACUUUAGCAUCACAAAUUUCCAGACCCAGACAUAUUUGCAUUUGAUAGGAGUGGCCCAAAUACGACAGCGGCCGGAUCACAUACGACGAGAAAAAUUUCCGCCCUUUACCGGACUCCUGGUCGGUGGAAGUCGACCGGGUGGCCUGCGCGACAACCAACCCGAGCUCGUAUCAAAAACAAAAAUCCCCCCUGCCCAUAUCGAAAACGAGAUUUGUCUUGCUGUAUUUGAGUACACAAAUCACAUUUGCGUUGCAGUGGAGCACUGCACGCAGAUUGCAAGCCUAGCUAGGGGCCUUUUGGUGUAGGCGCCUAGCAUGGUAGACGGCUGCGCUGUAAACCUUACAGCGUCCUCACAAAUCGCCUGCAUGGCGUGACUGACAGCCUGGACUUGCCUCCUUGCAAGACAGACGCGAUUUGUGGCCACAAAUCUGCGUCGCAAAUUUUCAGACGGAUGCGCUUUCAAUAUGGGAAGGGGGAUUUUUCCUUGCGAUAGCUCGGAUUGCAAAAUCACGGUGACCAUCCGCGGCAAGCGGUGCGGCGCCAGCGGGUGCGGGGCCCUGCCGCAGGAUAUCUGCUGCAAAUAUGUCUGAGUCUGGAAGAUUGCCGCGCUUGUCAUGCAGGUUUUGCAUGACCCAUGAGGUCUGAUUUGUAGGACAUAGCCUGACAAAUUCUGUGACAGUUCUAUAAUCAUGCCUAUUUUACAUGAGAAACUGCCUCUCGGUUAGGUCAAAAGUGGACAGCUUUUGGUAAUCAUGCCACUACUACACAGAUUUUUGCAUGUUCUUUCAGUGUUAGCAUGACAAGUUGCAGAGUUUCAGACAUCCAGGGAUAUUUGCAAUGCAUACAGGAGUGUGGCCUGCAACGGAACUGUAUGAACUGCAAAAGUAUCGUACUCGUAUAAAUGCAUGACGUCGCCUCGGUAGUGUCGUGGCCUCGGUACGCCACUACAAUUUGGCGCACCGAGGCUAGAAGAAGUUUCUUUAGAACGCGCAUACAAAAUGGCGCACCGAGGCCAAAAGUGCCAAGUUUUCGGAGUGGCCGCCUCGGUGCACCGAGGCCGACGGCCUCGGUACGCCAAAUUGUAUGCCGGAACGAAGCAGCAGACGGGCGGAACACAAUCACGAAAAUGGAGAAAAGCGCUCCGGGCGCAGCGGUGCCAAGAUUGGUUUUUUUGGGGUGAGACGGUGAGACACGUGAAACAAAUUCGAUGUUGUUGCCGUGCGUUUGGGGCAGUGCUCGUCGCGCGACGCCGCGAGCAGAAGCUCCCGCGGAAGGCAGGGGGCGACGCAGGCGCGGGCGUGUGCGAAGCGAAAAAACGCACGCGAAAUCGCGAAGCAUGCAAGCGCAGAAAAAAUCAAAACGGAGAAACUUCUCCAGCCCGCACACAGUUGCGCUGCGAUGCGUGUCUGUAAAAUUAGGACUCUAUAGUAAAAGAAGCUGGUCGCAAAAGUUUAGCGCAAGAUAGUCCCGCGCGAAAAGGAAAAACAAAAAGCGCGGCAACAGAUAUAAAAUAAAACAGAGCACAGCGAUGAAAAUGAGCAAAAUCCUGAAUAGGUACCGGCAUGGCUGCAGGCGCGCUGGCAUUAUUUAGUAAUUGAGUAAGCUGCGCGCGGCUAUAGUUACACGGUGGAGCCACAGAUUAUAGAUCGGAUAAUAUUGCAGUGCGGAUGACAUAAAAAGGCGCGAACUAGACGAAUUGCGUUGCAGAGCGGAACGGGACAGACAAAAAAAACUACAGGCUGCGCUAUGUACCACACAAAAAAAAAGUAAAAUCUAGUAGAGAGAAGCGCAGCACUGAGGGGUGCGCGAGCAUGGAGUGAGUUGCGUCCAGUGUGAGGCGGAGGUGGUGCAACGACGUGAAUGAGCCGAAGCUCAUCCAAUGCGUCAGAUUGGACCACCAACGCGCCCCCACCUGGGCGGAAACAAAUGAAAGGCAAGUUUUUGCAGGAGAAAGUAAUGAUCUUGGUUCAUAGUACUGGAACUUACAGAAAAAAGCAGAGCAAAUAAAAUCAGUUGCGGUGAGCGAAAGUCGCAAGCUGGUGCGCUCGACGUUCGCGACGCUGCACGCUACUCACACCGCGUCCAAGAGGGAAUCGGGGUGGUUCGCCAUCGUCGCUGCCAUUUCGCGAAAUUGGACGGGCAGGUCGGCGCGCGCCGCGACUUCGACGUGCCAGGCUCCGCACAGGACUCCCGGCAACCCGUUUGCCACCUUGGCUUUGCGCAGCUUCGUCCCCGUCAGGUGGACACACCAAACGGGAUCGGCAACCGUUUUGGCGUAGUUGACGGUCGCGCGCAGCUUCGCGCGCUCGUCGCCAGCUUUGUUAUACCACCAAAUCUUCGCGCGCAGGCCGCCGGCACUGUACAGGACCGCGUACAUGCCGCGCGAAAUGAAGCGCACCGAGUCCGCAACCGCGCGGAACUGGCCCACGUCGCGGUAGUCGGCGUCGCCAAGGUCGCGAAACAUGGCCGGCGGCUGCUGCAGCGGCGCUGCGAUGUGCCAAGCUGCGGAGCAAGCGCUUGGAGACACGCGGGGGGGAGCGGGCGCAGCUUUCCCCGGCGGGCCGGGUGGGCCGAUCGCGUCUUGCAGGACCUCGAGCACGCCAACAGCGGGCGGCGGCGCAGCGGCUGCCUUUUUGGCGGCGGGCUGUUUCGCUUUCGGCGGCGCGGCGAGUCGCCCGCCCGUCUUCGGCGGCGGCGUUUUAGACGGAAGCAGGGGCGCAAGCGUAUCCGCCGCCGCCGGCAAGAGGGUCGCCGCGGCUGGCUUCAAGUUGUCCCGGUGCUGCCCACGAUAAGUGCGCCCAUCGAUGUCAAUGUCAGCAAGCUUGCCCGUGAGCGCCACCACUGUCCCGGGCCCGUGCCAACCUUUCCGCCCGAGCUGCGUAUUUUUCAAAAAUACGCUCUGCCCGAUUUGCAGCUCCGGCGGCUCCGGCCGUUGCCCCCCCUGCUUGUUGAAAAACUGCUUGCGAUUCUUGGUCGCGUUGGCUGCCGCCACGUCCUUGGCCGCAGCAAUGGACGCGGGGCGGUCCUGCUCAAUGCGCUCCACCGCAGCAGCACGUUCGCCGAACAGCGAUUCGGCGUCACUGCUGUCGGGCGACGGGGAAGAAGCGCUGUCGCCCGGACGCGGCGUCUCGAGCGCUGGCUCCUCGUCGGUCGAAAAAUCGGCGUCCCAGGCGCCUUCGAACUCGGCCCGAAGAGCGGGCAAAGGGUCCGGCUGCGCGGAGCUGCUUGCAGCGAUGGACAACGCGGCAGCUUGGUCCAACGUGCGCAGGUCAACGCCGUACAACAGGCGCGCCGCGCUUGUUUUAUGGGGCGCUCAGGCGCGACGCGCUCAGCCGCGGCAGGUGUUGCCAUGCAAGCACGCAGUGCGACGGAGGCAAAGUAACUGCGCCCCGCAUGAAAAACGCGCGAGAGGCCACGCAGCAGGCAAAUGGAAGCGAGGCCCGUGAGCAGUGCCAGCAGUUUACGUGCCUCGCAGGGGCUGUUCUUUCAUUGCAUGCAAAAGGGCGCCGCGGCUGAGCGCGUAACGGCUGGCGGCGCCAUACUUGCCGCGGGCGCGGCGGGAAGCGGCUGCGUUCGUUGCCAGCUGCACCAGCGGAACAUAUUCCGGCCAGCGGCUCAGGUCCCGGCGCGCCAACUGGAGGGAAACGCGACCCACCAUUUUUUCGGCCUGUCCGUUGGACAUCGGGCGCCCCGGCGAGAUCGUCGUGUGGCGAAACCCGAGAGCCUCCGCAAGGCGCUUGAUGGCGGCAAAUUCCGUCCCGGCAUGAACACGAAAGCCGCAGCGCACGCGGCCCCCCGGUGAUAGCAAAAGCCUGGCGCUUUUGCCGAGCCGGGGGCGAAUGCGGCGCGGCUGUUCACUUGCUUAACCGUUGUCCGUGUGGUAUUCCAGGCCAACCCCGAAAAAGCUCACCAGCUUGACCUGUCGUAAGGAUCGCAAAAGCGUUUCGAUUUGGAAAAGCAAAGGCGCGGCGCGCCUACUGAAUGCAAAAGCAAAAGCGCAACGAAGAGGCACGGCACCAAAAAAAAAAAAGAGGGAAAAAACAAGAAGCAUACCCAGGCACCGUGGACGCACGCCAUCGACUUCCGCUCGAUGGGUUCCAGGAAGCAAUAGCCCGUGACCCACGCCUAUGGCACUCGCAAACGUUGCCCCCCCAGCUCUCUCGCGCAUGAAUUUGCAACGCAAGAACGGCGAGGCAAAGCGGAAACGGGUAGAUUGCGCCCUUUGCGUUACAGAGGCAGCACAGAUUUAGGCACUGUCUAGCCCUGCGGAUAGUUGUCAUGCCAGAAGCAGCUUAAUCGCGGCGAAUGCCAAAGCGCGUAGCCGCUGGGAAGGCAACAACUGCGAACGCCAUAGCUCGACCGCCACAAAAAGGUAUCGGCAACUUAUGCAGGCGCCGAGACCGAAAUAGGCAAAAUCAAAAAAGAAAAAUCUGGCGCCCCCCCUGGCGGGGUGCUGGACUCUCGCUUUUCGAUUCUGACGCCCUCGGGCCUCGUUGGCCAAACUAGCCGUGGCGGCAUGCUUGGGCGCGUCAGAAUCGAAAGGGGCUCCGGAGGGGGUGACUUAGUUUCGUCCCUCCCCCCAAGGACUGCCAGAAUUUUUUUUGCGAUUUUGUCGAUUUCGAUCGUGGCCCCCAUACGGUUUUCGACGAGCGGCAUCUUUUUCAAGUCCAAAGCCCAGCGGUCGAGGGGCGCGGCCUGCUCGAAGGCGGCGCGCUGGAAACCGCUGCGGAAGGUCGCUGGCGCGCUGAAGGGCGCAGACCGCUGGCAGGCCAGGCAAUCGGUUUUCGCUUUCGCCGCUGCUUCUUUCAUCCCACGGAAAUACACCUUCCAGCGCUGCAGGACAGAUAACGUCGCCUCCCGCCCCCCGUGCGUCUCCUCAUGCGCGCGGCGAGUGAGAUCCGCGGCGCGCUCGUCGUCCCAAACGAUUUCGUGCCAUUGUCCCCGCAGGCUGUCAUUGGCUUUGCCCAGGAAGCGCGUCCCCAUGCGCACCAGAAUUUUGCCGUCGCCCCACAUGAAAUCCUCUUCCCGCUGCUUCCACCAGCGGGCCGCGUAGCGCCCCAGCGGCGCCGCCAAUGGUUCCCCCUGAAGCAGCGCGGCCAUCUGGUGCUGCGUCACCGGAAACAGCUCCGCGGACGCCGGGUCUGCUGCUUCCAGCGGAAGUUCGGGCCCCGCGUCCUCGCCCAGGAACAAGAGGUCCGAAACUUUCGGUGAAGGCGGGCGCUUCGGGUUGCGCAGGUUGCGCUCGACCGCGACAACCGGCACGGCAGACGGGUCGAACAUGAGGACGCGGCAGGUGAAGCCGUUCUUCGGAUUGACCGAGCCGACGGCUCGGCCAAGUUGCCCGCUGCGAUUCGCGUCCGGGUCGGUGUUGUUGUACUGGUCGUACAGUUCGGCCCGGGUUGCGUCCGCCUUCACCUGCGUGGCGAACGCGUGCCAAACCUGGUAAUUCCCACCCCCAAACAGCGCGUCGGCGGCUCCCGCUCCGCUCGUUUGCGUGACCAAAAAGGCGCCCCAGACCUUUGCGCCGUCCACCAGGGUCGCGGCCGUGCGGCUGUAGUCGUCGACCAAUAUGCCACCAAAGACACACCCCCCCCUUACCGACUUCCCCCCCCCGCGAAGAGCACGAAGCCCGAUGGACAACCGGCGAAAGGACCUUUACGGCCGAGAGGUAACAUUGCCCGGAUACCGAUCGGGCGGAGAAGUUGCCGCGCACCUAAUUCCGCUCGGGAAUUCCGAAAACGCAGCGCGGCGGGGCGCAGCUGUGGGCCCGUGGCCGCCAGAAGUGGGGCGGCUCGCUUGGCGCAUCGCGCGCGCGGCGCCCCUGCUUCACUGAAUGAGCUUGGGCGGGCUGUCGCCCGCUUACGACCUGAGUCCGCCGAAAUGGCGUCAGCUAAACUUCCAGAACCCGAAAAAAAUACGAGAACAAGCAGCAAAAGCAAGAGAAGCUGCGAGGCAAAUCAGCAAUUUCCGACCGUAAACGGUGGCGGCCCCGCUCGAGCAGGGCCGCCGCCCUUGCAUGCAGAACCUCAGCGCCUAGCUUACAGGGGGGGGGGCGGGGGGGGGGCGCGUCGCGCUUCUUAAUGUCCACCAUCACGUACGGCGUGCCAAGCGGUUUCCAAAAACAGUGACUCCCCUGGGCGGCCGUUUCGUCGAUGGCCCGCUGCCAGGAACCUUGGUCGCAGGCGGAAACCGUGGGCAGCUCGGUCCGCUGCCGCCGGCUCUUGUCGCGCGGGAUGACCGACAGCUCCACGGGACCAACGAGCGCGCGGCAGAUCUGGGCCAUGUCCACAUCGAGCGCACGCACGUCGCCCGCACUGGGGUCCACAGGAGGCGCGCCGUCCGCGUUCUGCGCCGGGGUGCUGGCGGCUGCCUGCUGCGCCGCGGGUUGACCGAGCGGCCCACGAGAAGCUCCAACCAGAAGCGGCGCGGUUGUCGCGGCAGCGGUUGGCGCAGCUUUCGGCGGGACGGUAGGCGGCGCCCCGGUCGAUGGAAGCGGCGCGGCCGUCGCGGUCGCCUUCGCUUUUUUCGCCGCAGGCCACAUGGCCGACGAGUCGCCCGCGCCAUCGUCGCCCGGUGGGAACUGCGGCGGCGGCGCGCCGUGUUGUGCGGCGAUGCGGGCCAGGCAGGUGCGCUGCUUUUCCGACCAACGCGCGUAGCAAGGCAGCUCCUUCAUGAAGGUGCGCUCCCAGUCCGUCAAGUUUCCCGCCCCAAUGUCGUCGCGGACUUUGUCGACAGUGGAUUUUUUCAAGCGGACCCCUUCCAGCUUCCGCUGAAUGCGGUCCCACGUCGCCGCCCGCCUUUCCGUGUUGUCGACAAAUUCGGGCGGCUUGUCCAACAGGUACUGCCGCUCGAAUUUAUCCAGGUACAUGUGGAGCUCGGGAUCGAUCAGCUCGUCCAGGGCGGUGCGCGGCGGGGGGGCGUCCGAAUCCCCCGACGAAGCCCGCGCCAUGAAGUCACUGGCCCAGCUGGCUCCCGGCUGCGCGUCUCCCGGGGCACCCGCGCCCGGGUUGCCCCCCUGAUCCUGUUGCCCGCUUUGCUGCAUCGCUGUGCGUGCGUGCGCUGUUCGUUCGCUUUCCCUGCUGCUUUCGUUCGCUGCGUGCUGUCCCUGCGGGCGGUUGCUCUGCUCGGUUUCUUGCUGCUAGUUGUCUCCUGCUUGUGCUGCUCGCGCCAAGUUUUUUUGUGCGUUUUCCCCUUUAAGCGUUUGCGCUAAGUGUUUCGAGUUUGUUUGCGAAAGUUUUGCGACUAAAUCCUUAACCUAGUGAAAUCCCAAGCGGAUACGUAGCGCCCUUAUAAAGAGUGGGUGAGCUAAGUUACCGGGUCGGGGUGUCAUCGCUGUGGCAUGGGGGGGAUCGAGGCAAAACCUUCGCGAGAUGAAACGAAAACUCCAACACGGGAAACUAGCGCGAAAGCGAAGCCCGCAGGACGAAGGCAGCGCACAGCGCCUGCUGCACACAAUGCAAAAAGAGGAGGCCAACGAGCACCGAGCGGCCCCGCCCGUGGCAGCGGACCGCGUGCCAAACAUGGCGAAAACGACCGACCACGGGGCCCGCGCGGACUUUCGCGGAGUUGCCCCUUCGUUUGUGUCUUUGUACGAAUACCGAACGACUUCGAUUUUUCUUCGCACGAUUUACCGACAAAGAGCAGCGGGGCCUCAAAGUUUUUUUUGGUUUGCACGAUACACCGAGCCAAAGCGUUCGCACGACAGGCCGAGCAGCUGAGCCAGGCACGGAAGCGAGGGAAGCGGCUCGCGCCAUAGUCUAGAGGGAACUUACGCGCCAAAAGCUUGCUUGCACAUCAGACAGACAGGCCCGGGCGAAGUCCCGCCCUAAUUGCAGACUAAAAACUUGCUAAAUUGAACCGGCGCCCGGGCCCCGGCAGGCUUUGGGGUUUUCCGUGUUUUCAAGGCCCAGCGCAGCCGCGCAGCCGGCUCUUCUCUGGGUUUUCAGCUUUGGGGGCUUGGCCGCAUUUUCGGCGGCCUUCCGGACGGUGGGUAUGUCGCCCGUCUUGCGCGUAUUUUGUGGCACGGGCCUGCCGGUUUGUCUCUCUGGGGUCCGGCUCGGAAAUUCCGGCCUUCGGCGGGGUAGGGUUCCGGAGUCCGCUAAAUUAGUCCGCUAAUCGGGUCGCAAAUUUUCAGAAAAGUGCCCAGAACGCAGUUGCUAAUUUGCAUUUCUAAUAGUCAGCUAAAAUUUUGGGCCUUUUCCGGAAGGGGUCUGCUAACCCCACUCCUAAUAGUCAUCUAAUUGGUUCGGGCGUUGUGUUUUGGGUCUGCUAACCUGUAGCUAAUUGCGCAAGGCAAGAAAAUCCAAUGGGAUUUCCCUGUUGUUCGAGCAGGGUGUGAACAGCAGGGAAAUCGCAUUGGUUUUUGGCUUUGCUGACAAAUUAGCAGACGCAUUCGCGCCCCGGGGGGGGCUUAAUUAGCAGACAAAUUAGCAGACGCAUUAGCAGACACCAAAAAAAAUUAGCACCCAAUUAAAGACCCAAUUAGCAGGGGCUUUCUUGGAAUCGUCUGUGGCGUUUAGCAGACUCCCGCGAGGGGGUCGGGGGGGUAAAAUUAGCAGACAAAUUAGCACGGUUAUCUCCGAGGUUGGUUUCCGUGCGGACAUAUUUGGGUUACCUUGGCCGGGCGCUUGGGCGCUCGUAUUUGUUCGCGAGAACCGGCUUCCGGUAGUUGUCUGGCUUUGUUAUCUGAAUUGCGUUAGAGGGCAGGUCGUCGCGUCCUCCUUCGUCCUUGUUGGCAGGCUUCUUUCUGUUGUGCCUCCGGGCAUGGUUUCUGGCUUCGGGGGAUUUGCAAAUUAGCAACUUUUUAGAGUCCGAUUAAAGUUAUUAGGUCGCCCGGGCCUGUCUGCCUGAUGCACAAGCGCGCGGCCCCCGAAGCAACUAGAAAAAGAAAGAAACCCGCCGCCCCCCCUCGCCCCUCGCCUUCUCGGGGGGGGGGGACCGGGGGCCCAUCGGCUAACUCGCGAGGCCAUGGACGCGCGCGGGCCUUGGGGGGCAGAAAAACAAAACCCGCACCCUGGCUCGCGUCCGAGGGCAAAGUAAAAAACGCAGGAGGCGCAGCCGUCUGCGCCACCUGGGGGGGGCGCGCGAUGGGACGUCUUUGCGCGCCGCCUCGGUGCGCCAAAAUGUAUUGUGAAGGCGCGCCGCUACAAUACAAAUUUUGUAGGUGGGCAAAAAGACAUACUUUCGCGGGCUCGGUGCUGCCAUACGUUACAAACCGCACCGGGCUCGGUACUGCUUUUUGGCGGGUUUUCUCAAUGAAAAAAGCGCGAAAAUUGUAACGCCCCACAUACGAUUUGGCGCACCGAGUCGUAUGUGCGUACCUAGGCCACGUCAUGCAUUACAAAUUUCCUCAGCAUGAGAGAUGAAAUUUGUAAUGCGGAUUUACCUUAAGUAAAAGAUUUGUAAUGCAAGACUUGCAUUUAUACGAGUGCGAUACUUUUGCACAGGAUAAACUGCAUCAACAAUCAAUUCAUGGGCAGAAUUAUCAAAUGCAAACACGUCUGGGUCUGGGAGAUUUGUCAUGCUAGUCUGGCAUGACUCUGAACUCUGUAUUGCGUGGCCGCAAAGACGAGCCCCCCUUGCCUGUUAUGCAAAAGCGCAGUUAUUUCUCAUGCGGAGUACGCAAUUCAGAACCACGUCCACGGGAAAACUUGUCAUGCUUUGCAGCGCAUUACAGUUUCCUCACUUUAUUUCCUUCCUCGCAUCACAAGUUUCCAGACAUCCAUGGAUAUUUGCAUUCGAUAAGAAUGCCAGCGGUGGUUCCGAGCCCCGUGCCGGCGCCGCAAAGCACUGCUGCAGGCGUACCGGCUCCCGCACCGGCAUCCAGUGCCAGUAGUAGAACAACGCCAACAACGACCAAUUACGUCCAAUCGAGCAGUCUAUCCUGUGCAAAAGUAUCGUACUCGUACAAAUGCAAGUCUUGCAUUACAAAUCUUGUUCCCAAGGCAAAUCUGCAUUACAAAUUUUAUCUCUCAUGCUAAGGAAAUUUGUAAUGCAUUUAUACGAGUACGUGUACGAUAUUUUUGCAAUGCAUACAGUCCGUCAGCCAGCAACUACAACAGCAGUCCUUCGACUGCAAGCAUCCUGGCAAACGCGGCGAGUAGUCCGAGCCCGUCGCCGUCAGUUGCCUCCUCCUCGCCGUCUCCAGCGGGAGUCAGCCCCACGCCGCUAUUCUGAGUAAAAACGUCCCCAUCCCAGAGUUGUCAUCCAAUUCUGCAUGCCAAAAAAGUUUCUCAUGCGGAGCCCUAUGAGGAGCGUUUUCUCCUCGUGUUUUGGAAUUUGUGGUACUAGAAUCAGAACGCUAUGCUAGAUCCGUCAUGCUUCUGAACUAGCAAAACAGGAUUACACUACGAGGACAAACUUGUCAUGCCAGACAACCAAGGCUGGCUGAUUUGUCUAGCACAUUUCCCAUCUUGACUCUGGUGUGGGGACGCUUUUAAUCAGGAUAGCCUCUUCCCGCACCGGCACCCCUCACGCCGGAAACCAUCACCCAAAACGCCGUACAAAAGCAGUUUGAGGUAUGGGAGUGUCAGAAUCGAAAUCGACAAAGUCGAAAUAAAAUCUGCAAUGCAUGUAAACGUAAGACACGCAAGGCCUGUUUUGGGGACCAGGCAAAUGAGACCGAUUGCAAUCCUCUUUAGGGGAGGGCGAUGUGCUGCCAGAGUAGCAUGGCAGGAGCAGUCUUCUUUGCCGAAACAGCAUGACAGACUGGAUUUUAGCGCUCCCAAAAUUUGUCAUGCGCUACUUGCAAACUGGGGCUCCAACCAGUAUCGAUUUUAUGCAUCACAAAUCAUUUCGAUUUUGCUGAUUUCGAUCCUGACAGUUCCAUAUGAGGGGAUCCAACGGGUGCAGGUCUUGGGAUUGAACGGCUACAUCAUUCCCUCGCACUUUGUAUCAAAUGUAAAAAUGUCUGGGUCUGGAAGAAUGCACCUUGUGAUGCUGAAUUUGGAUUCCAAAAAAAUCUGUAUUGCAUGAGCAGCAAAGGGAAUGCAAUUUUUGCUACGCGGAGAGGGCAUUUGUCGUGUGGAAUAGGCAUCGCGAAGCCUUCAAAAAGUCUGUGAUGCUAGGGCAUGCAUCACAGACAUCGUGGCCAAUGCAAAACAUGCAUGACAAGUCUCAGAAUCUUCCAGACCCAGACAUUUUUACAUUUGAUACUUUGAGGAGGCCAUGCGGGGGGGUUUUAGCCGGUACCUGGGGAUCAACGUGUCGCAGAUUACCAUCAAGUAUGGAUUGCAAAAAUGUCUGGGUCUGGAAGAAUUCAAGACUUGUCAUGCCAAUUUUAGAUGACCCAUGACGCCUGUAAUGCAUAUCCUAGCAUCACAGAUUUUUACGAUGCUUCCUGAUGCCUAUUCCGCAUGAGAGACGCCGUCUCCGUGUAGCACAAACUGGACUCCUCUUGCUGGUCAUGCAAUACAGAUUUUUUUAGAAUGCAGAGACAGCAUCACAAGUUGCAACCUUCCAGACCCAGACAUUUUUGCAUUUGAUAUCAAGCAGAUGAGCGUGGUCGGGGACACGAGAAACUAUCCUGUGCGAACGUAUCGUACUCGUAUAAAUAUGCAAGUCUUGCAUCACAAUUCACAAAUCUUGCUCUUCAGGUAAAUCCGCAUUACAAAUUUUAUUUCUCAUGCUGAGGAAAUUUGUAAUGCAAAUGCAUUUAUACGAGUGCGAUACUUUUGCAAUGCAUAGAAACUCGUUGGUGAUGAAUUCUGCACGGCAAAGGCUUUUACUCGACGACCAGAUGUUGGAGGACAGAGGAGAACAAGGCGAACCUGACCGGCAUAUUAGCAAAUCUGAUGUCAUGCUAGUAGAAAACAAGAACCUCCAGCAAACAAACUCCCUGCUCACCGAAGUUAUUUCAUCGUCCAACGCGCGCAGGCUACAGACGCGGAGUCAAACCUUAUCGUACGAAAAAGUUUGUUUCGCUGCAAGCAUUUUGCAAAAACUUUUGCAUCUUCACAAGCGUGCUGUUUAUGUUCUACAUCACAGAGAAAAUUUGAAUUUGCCGUACGAGAUUUUUCCUAAGGGAAAACACAGCUGGAAAUUAAUCCAUCGUCUUUCAUUUCGUGUAGCAAGACAAACACUGCUCAGAUACAUUGUCCUCUGCAUAAUUACAAUUUUACAGUGAAACAGUUUUUUCUUGCGAUAAACCUCGAUCGACGUGCACUAUGUCAUCGAAAUGGUGGUUCUCAACUCGUCGGCGGCGCAAGCGACGUCUACCGAUUCGCAGGUGCAGAAGGUGUAUUCAUUGCAAAAUUGUCUGGGUCUGGAAACUUGUGAUGCAACUUGCAUUAUGCAAGGAAGGGAAUGGUGGCGUCACUAUGUAUUAUGCGCGGGCUAGCAUGACAAGUUUUUUCGUGGUUCUGUGUUGCGUAUCCCGUAUGGAAAACUGCGUUUUUGCACGACACGGAGAAAAAGCUCUUUGCGGCCACGCAAUACAGAGUUUAGAGUCAUGCCAGACUAGCAUGCCAAACCUCGCAAUCUCCCAGACCCAGACAUAUUUGCACUUGAUAAGGUCGAAUCGCUGACAAACGGCGCGGUAAACGCGAACACGAGUGUAUCGUAAGGAAAAAUGUCCCCUCCCCAGAUUAAAAACGUACUUCUCAGAAAAUUUGUAAUGCUGAUUCGUGACCACAAAUCUUUUUGUCUUGCAAGAAGGCAAUUCUACAGUCUCCGCCGCAUUAUGCGGACGGUUUGUGAUGCUGCUUGGGCUACAGCGUAGACAUUUGCGAUGCUAAGCGUCCACGUCAGAAGCCCUGUACUCAGGCGCGGCAUAUGCCUGCAGUCCUCUACUGCAAGACAGCUCGGAUUUGUGUACGGAAAUCCAGCAUAAGACAGCUUCGUUUUGAUACUGGGAGGGAAAGCUUUUUACUUUUGAUAGAAUGACGCGGAGCUGUUGCGAGCGUCACUCGACUAUGCAAAGAAAAAACUGUUUCACUGUGAUGAUUUUGCAAGAUCUGCAUCACAAGUUUGCUACACAUGAGACUAAAAACCUGUCAUGCGCGUUUAAUACCAAGGGAAAACACGGUUGAAACUCCAAUGCUCUAUGCAGGUGUAGCAAGACAAAUACGUUGUGUGCUCCAUUCUAUGCAUCACAAGUUUACAGGGAAGCAGGUUUUUCGUGCGAUAUCGACAUGGAGAUCUCUACUAGAGUGCCCGGUCUCACCGUAUCAUCCGCCACGGCGAUGCAGCCUGCGAGAGGGGAUUUGUCCAGCAACGCAGUGACGCGGUAUGGAGCUUCUACAAGCGGCUCGUUACUCCUGUCGCAUUUCGUUGCAGGCAUCGGGUUCUGGUUCGGGAUGUUUGGGUUGCUGGUGUUGGGGUGAGCGUGAACGUGGAAGGAAGUUUUUUUUCCACUUCUUGUGCGUUUCUGUUUUCUUCGUUUUGAGUAUAAUUUUUGACUCUUCAAGAACAAUUUCAAUUGCAAUAAAUUGCACAAUAUGCAGUGCAAAAGUAUCGUACUCGUAUAAAUGCAUUACAAAUUUCCUCAGCAUUACAAAUCAAAUUUGCAAUGCUGAUUUACCUUGAGAAAAAGAUUUGUAAUGCAUAAAUGCAAUUACUACGAGUACGAUACUUUUGCACAGGAUACACAAGUGCUCCUCGCCGUGUUGGCGAAUCGUGUCUAUCUUUUUCUAUCCUGAGUAAAAACGUACCCACACCAGAGUUGUAAUGCAAAUCUGCAUGCUGAAAAUGUUUCUCAUGCGGAGCCCCAUGAGAAGCAUUUUCUAGUCGUGUUUUGCAAUUUGUCAUGCUCCAAUCAGCAUGGUAUGCUAGAUCUGUGAUGCUGCUGAGCUAGCUCAAACAGCACUACACUACGAAUCCAAAUUUGUCAUGCAAAACAGCCAAAACUUGUGGAUUUGUCUAGCCGAUUUCCCAUCUUGACUAUGGUGUGGGUACGUUUUUACUCAGGAUAUUUUCUUGUGGCAGUGGCAGAAACUUUUUCCUUCAAAACUUUUUUUUUUUUCCAUGCGCAUCACCCAGCGCGAAAAGUAGAUAUCGUCUCAGCGGCGACUAUCUCACGCGUGAGCGCUGCGGCUCUAUGCCCGUGGCAAAUUUGCUGGUCUGCAUGCAGGAACAGGACGGACUUUGCCGCCGGUUGCGUCCCGGGUCCGGUCCGUGACGGCAGGCGCAGGAGCCGGACAAACACCGUAUGGAAUGGCGCUGGUCGGAUAAAAAGAAUCAAUUAUGCAGCCAAGCCGAGGCCGUCUGUGCCGCGGCUCGUAGCAAAGAGCCGGCCCUUGCCCCGGUAGGCAAAACAGGUGGCCACGUCCGGUUGUCAAACAAUUCAAAGCUAAGCGCGACGGCCCCAAUGACUUAGGCGCCGCGGAUACGCCACGACUUCGGGUUUUGGUCUCGGGCCAGCGCUUUUCAGCCCCGGUUGUUUUACAAAGAGCAAAAGGAUGUUGCGUCUCCGUAAGCAAACAAAAGCCCCUAGGGGGUACCCCAGAGGCACCCCCAAACCCCUUCCUUUUUGGGCCUCCUCAGAGGGGUACUCCCCAUUGGCAUCUCCACGAAGGGGGGUCCCCCAACCCCCCCCCCCCCCCCGGGGGGGCCGAGCCCCCUUUUUGCUUCCGCAAGUUUUCAGCUUUUCAAAAGCGAUGUCCGGGAAAAUGAUCACGCGAACCCGGUAAGGAUGGGUUUUACACAGCCGGGCCCGGAAUAAAGUGGACGACUUUAUUGGCUUCUGCGCCUACACUGUCUGCGCCUCACAGAGUACUUUGGAAGCAAGGGCGCGCCAGGUCCCCUGGCCAUGCUCGUUUGAGACUGCCGCCCUUGUGCGAUCCGUCAGACUUGCGCCGCUAUAUCCUGCACUACUUCUCGAUCUCGACGCGCCAAGGCCGCGGCGGGGGACCUACCUGCCGCGCACCUCUAGGCCAAGGCGCUAGGGACGAAAAAAAAGAAGUUUUGAAGGAAAAAAUUUCUGCCAGUGCCAUAGUGUUGGCGAGUCGUGUGUAUCUUUUUUUUGUCAAAAUGAAAAAUCCCCCCUCCCCAUAUCAAAACGGAAAUUUGCGAUGCUGAUUUGUGGCCACAAAUCAGCUUUGUAUUCCAGAGAGGCAUUGCGGCCAGAUCCCCAGGCUAGAUAGGGGCGCAUGGGUCUAGUUGUUCAGCAUGGCAAACGGCCCCCCUUUAGGCCCAACAGCAUGACAAAUCGCCUCCAUAAUGGGGCGGAAGCUUCUGCCCUUGUCUUCUUGCAAGACAGAUGUGAUUUGUGACCUCAAAUCCGCAACGCAAAUUUUUGGAAACAUACCUUUUCAAUAUGGGGAGGGGGGAUUUUUCCUCUCAAUAUUUCUAUGUCAGAAGUUAAGCUUUUUUUGUGUGGAGGUUGAGGGCAAAAGCAAAAGCAAAACCAUUUCGCCCUCUACCCUAUUGCUAUUUAAAUUUUAUUUAUAGACGUUCUUUUUCUGUUACUGUUUGACUUUGAGUUUGUUCUAGAACUUCUACCCCAACCACCAAUUCUUUUUCGUUCGGAACUUUUUCCCUAGUGUUCAGCGGGUCGUGAAUUUUUUUGUUCACGUCGAGUUUUUGUUCUCUAGUAGGUAGCUCUACAGCUACUUUUUUCAAAAACAUGUGUUAAGAUUGCGAAACAAACAAUGGCUACUUACGUAAAAAAUGCUGUACGUAAAAAUGUGUGAAGAUGAAUUUCGACCAUAAUAAUUUGAGAAGCACAAACGGAACGGAGCCAGGAGAAGCUCCGGUCGUGGUCAGCCUGUGAAUACAAUGCGUCUCGGAGUGAAACACUUCAGGAACAGAAUCUUCUUCAAUUAUAUUGUCCUCUCUUUCGGUUUAU